AGAUCUUUCUAAAAUGAAGAAACCUCUUAAUGAAAUAAGAAUGACUGAUUUCUUUCUUGAUAAUGUAACUGGUGAUUUGUACAGUUUCAAUUAUGAUACUGAAGAAUGGGUAAGUAAGGGAAAUGCAGGUUUACAUAGUAGAAGAUCAGCUGAAGAAUUUAAAACAAUUGGCAAAUAUAUUGUAAAGGCUCCACAAUAUAAAGUAUCAAGAAUGAAAGAAAUUGAUUAACUUUAUUUUUCAAAAGAAACUGAGAUUGUUUGUUCUUUAAGAAAGAAUUCUAUGCAUAAUUAUUUAUUUAAUGGUUUGCCAUUUGAAUUUGUUGUUCCAUUUAAGAAUUCAUGGGAUGUUCAUCCAUUCAAUUUUGUAAAUCCAAAGAAGACAUUUCAAACUUUGGCUGAUUGUGAAAAAGGUUUAAUUACUUAAUUUAUUAAUAGGACCACUUAUAAUAUAAGUUUCAGACAAUAUUAUAGCAACAUAAUUCUCUAUACGUUCUAAAUACAAGGAAACAGUUUAAAUAAUGCGUAAUUUUAUGGGAUAUUAAUUAAGUAUAUUAUAUUAAUAGUUUUAUAAUAGCCAAAUUAUGUUCUGGAAGGGCAUAAACAAUUCCUAUUGAAAUUGCUUCAAUCAAAUAGAAUGAUAAUGCUAUGGAUAUUUAUUUGGAACAUUUAGGUCGUACUAAAUAUCAUAAUUAAAAAACUAUUAAAUUUAAUGUUAUUACAGAAUUUCAUCAUGCAGGAUUUGCUGCUAAGAAAUCUAAUCAAUUAGAUGUUGUAGUGAAUAAUGCUAUUGGAAAAAGAAAAUUUAAAUAAACAAUUUAAAAAUUGAAUCCAAAAGAGUUAGACAGAUUAUUAGAAUAAGUAAAUAUAAAAAUUAUUAGUAAUUAGAAUUCUUCGAUUUCAUAUCAACCUUCUUAAGUUGAUAAAAAUCAUUAACCAAAUAUAUAUAGUAUAUAGCCAUAACAUAAUGUUGAAGAAUAAACUUUGAUAUUCAAUAAAACAGGUGCUGAGAUUAUUUAAUUUCUCCAUCCAUCUAUUGAUAAAAAUAUUUUUCCUAAUCCAAAACCUCUCUGGGUUCCUGGCUACUUGUCUCAAAGUCGAUUACAAAAAAGUUAAUUGAAAUAAACCCAAAAUACAAUUGGGGAAGAGGUUUAAUCGACUCCUUUCUUAACAGAGUAAAAGUAGAUUAUUACUCCCAAGAUACCUAGGACUGCUUCAUAACCUCAUUUUAGAGUAAUAUAAAAAGAUAAAUGGAUAACAAAUAAGAACUUUAAAGUCUGA